AUGGCCGAGCUCGGAAACAACCUCGCCGACGCUUCCACCGCCGUCGACCAGAAGACCCUUGACUACGACGCUUUGGCCGAGGUUUUCUCCUACUUGUCGGCAAAAAACCUCACCCGUCUCCAACUCGUUUCCAAGUCCAUCAUGAACAUGAUCACCUCGGAUCCCUUUUUCAUUCUCAUGCAAUCCUACCACACCAGUACUGCCGCCGCCGCCAUCUUUGCCUAUGGCCAUUCUCGUUCUCGCCCGCAGAUAUUCCUUCUCGAUCACGACGCCGGCCUUCCCUCGGGCUCCUUGGAUGCCCUCUCCAACUACGACAAUAGGUUCCUCUACUCCGCCGGCGGUCUCGUCUUCUACCGGAAAAGAGACGGUAGUUCCUACAGCAUAUGCGCCUUCAACCCAGCCCGUCGCAAAUCCUCGCUCAUUCCCGUUCCCCCCGGCGACGGCAAUGCACUUCCCGCCAGCUUGGCAGUCGAGUUCACCGACGACGGCGACGGCGUCACGAGCGACUACAAGCUCGUUUACCUCACAUCGGACCGGAACUGGUCCAGCUUGUACCAGUGCCGCGUGUACGACUCGGCGGCCCGAGUCUGGACGAGGGACGAGAUGAUCCACCACGGCAGCCGCCAGCUGAAGUUUCACAACCCGGUGGUGCACCGAGGGGCCGUCUUCUGGGCCACCGACUGCUUCAGGCAUACCACGGCCGAUCCCUACGUCAUGUCAUACGAAAUCGCCACGGGAGCCAUCGAGUUCCUCGCGAUGCUCGACGGCAGUGCCGUGGAGUCGGAGGACCGUAUCAGCGUGGCGGUCUGGGAGGGAUCAUGGUUGUGCUUGGUGCAUCACAGCAAAAGCUCCGGCGCGUUCACGCUGUGGAGGUGGUGGGAGGAAUCGCAUUCGUGGGCGAAGUCGUCGAACGAGUUCGUCUACUGGGAGAAGCCGGAAGCCGUAGUGGGAUCGAUGUUGGUGUGCAACGGCGGGAGGGAGAAAGGGAUGCUGUUGGUGUUCAGCGUGGAAGACGAAGCCUACGUUUACUCGUUCAAGCUCAGAGAUUUAAGCAAGUUGGCGACGAACAUGGGUUCUUAUUUCCCUAAAUUCACGGCCUACGCCAACACUCUGAGGCCUGCUUGCGGCGGACAGGAAGCCGAUUGA